CAAUCAAUCAAUUAAUUGACAGUAAAUUUUUUUUCAAAACUUCUAUCAACAAUUUAUGGCUAAUUUAUAACCAAAAAAUGGAGUCCAAAAAUUUACUGUCAACAACCUUUGAUGGUAGGAGCCGGACGAAGAGUAAAGAGCGGAAGCUACGUCCAAGGAUGUCAACUAUAAGAUACAGCGUGCAAAUGGAAAGAGAGUCCAAUGAUACCAGAGAAGGAAGACAAUUGUUGAUUAAAAACGAGAGCAAGUCAUUGAAACGACGGUGGGCAGCUUUGGGACUUUUUUGUGCGCUCAAUAGUACCCAGUGUUGUGUCUGGAAUACGUGGGGCCCAAUUGGAAAAUCGGUUAUUGAAGCUUUUCCUAAUUGGAAUAAAAAUUCAUUGGCACUUAUUUCUAAUUGGGGGUGUAUCACUUAUUUGACUUGUUGUUUGCCUUGUUGUUGGCUGCUUAACGAAACAGAUCUAUCAACGCCAUUAAAGAUAGCCGCCAUUUUGUCGACACUCGCGACUUUCAUCCGUUGUCUUUCAAUGCAAGCGACAGUCUUCACCACAACCGCUCAUAUCGCAGCAAUAGUUAACGGAUUAUCCGGAGUGAUAAUAGGACCCGCAACAGCGCUAGUAUCAGCGGUCUGGUUUUCAACUGGAGAACGAACAACAGCCACAGGAAUUUCAUCAGCUGUCAGCCAAGUUGGCAUGGCGAUUUCUUACGUCCUGGGACCAGGAUUAGUUGGAAUAAGUCAUGUCAAUAACACAAUUUCUUUGCGUAGCCAAAAAUCAGCGAGUAUUUAUCGGAUGUUUCCGCUACCCGGAAUGUCCUUUAAUUUGACCGGGAAAAACCGCAGCGCCAUUCCCGCAGAAACGUCCGUUUAUCAAACUACUCUUCAAAUACAAAUCAUGUCUUUAAUGAGAAUCGAGUUCGUUGUACAGUGCUUGGUAUUGAUCGGCAUUCUCACGUGCUUCCCUAAGCAGUCGCAAAUAUCCAACUCAAACAUCCAAGUUUCGACGCCUGGGCUCUCGGAGUCUCUAAUUAAAUUGAUCAAGAAUAGAAGUAUGUGGUUUCUUUGUCUUUCUGCUGCAUUGACCCAAGGUAUGACUGGUCCGUGGUUAGCGAUGAUUACAAUGGCUUUUGGAACCAUAACAUCGGGAGAAGCUGACAAACUAGGAUUUUGGACAAUAGUUCUGAGCAGCAUCCUUUGCCUGGUAGUAUCAAGAAUGACGGAUAUAUUCCAAGGACAUCUAAAACUCGCAAUAUCAAGCCUACUGGUGAUAUCAUCAGUUAUGUUCUUUUGGAUAAUUCUCCUCGAUAGCAAAGUAUUGCCCUUUAAUAGAUACGAGCUCUACGCAGCAGUAGUACUUGGAAUAUCUACUAAUUGGUCAACUUCUGCGCUCUACCUGGAGUUGGCUUCUGAAAUAUCUUUCCCGAUUUCCGAAGCUAUCGUCGGGGGAUACAUGAUUUUUAUGUCGAAUAUCGUCGGGAUGAUAUUUUACUUGUCUUACUGCAUUCCCGGAAUGGGUGGAAGAUGGUCAACUUGUCUAGUGUUUGCUAGCAUUUUUGUAUCCGCCAUUUUUAUUAUUUGCGUUGAAGAACAAUACAAUCGCACUAAGGGAGAAAGUCAGCUUGUUUCUGAAAAUAUUUCCUGA